CUAGUUAAUAUGUCUAUGAAAAAAAACACGAAUUAAUCAUCAGGUAAAUGAUAAAAAAUAUUUCAAAAUAGGCCCUAAAUUCUUAAGAGAUACUAGUUUGAAAUAAAGAUCUGAACAUAAUCAAUCAUUUGAUGUAUCAUAUACCAAUAACUAUACUACAUCAAUAAGUAACAAGAGCAGAUAAUAAAGUUACAGUUAAUAGAGCAAUAUUUUAGAUGAACUAGAAUAGGAAUAAUUUCCAAAUUAAAUAAAUGUCACUAUUCAAAAAAGACAAUUUGAAUUGGCUUUAUAGAAUGAACUUUAAAAAUUUUUAUCUAAAAUAAUUGCUGGACAAUAAUUAUCAAUUGAAGAUUGUUAAAUUAUCAUAAAAGCAAUCGAUGAAUGCAUUGUAGAAAGCAUUUAAACAAUAAAAUUGAAGGAAGCAGAAGUAUCUACAGUUAUAAUACUAAUUUUAGAUAAAAACAAUUAAAUAAGGUUAUGAAAUGAAAAUAAAUUAAUAUGAAAAUACUAUUCUAGCUUUAGAAAAUGAAAUAUAAGAAUUAAAACAUAUGGCAACAUUAAAUCCAAACAAUUCAAUAAAUUUUAAAUUAUCUUAAUUAGAAUAAGAAAAUGAGAUGCUUAAAUUAUAAAAUCAGCAAGCAAUUAAAUUAGCAGUUUAGGGCAGAAAUAAGAUUUAAGAAAAAGAACUAUAAGAUGCUACAAAUAGUAAUAAAUAAAAAUCAAAAACUUAAGUAAACAAUUAUUCAAUUUUAUUAAAUUAACAGUACAAUAAAAUUUAUCCAUAAGAUAAGAAAUUUAAAUAAUAGUUAUUCUGA